AUGGCCCUGGACAAGAUGGCUUUUGAAAUGGCUCUGAAGGAGGGGCACGAUGAGGGGGGCGGGGGCGGGGCCGGGGAGGCGGCCGGAGCCGACGGGCCCGGCCCGGGGGUCCCGGGCAAGGUGGAGACCGUCAAGGGGCAGCCGUUCGACGUGGGGCCGCGCUACACCGAGCUGCAGUACAUCGGGGAGGGCGCCUACGGCAUGGUCAGCUCGGCGUACGACCAUGUGCGGAAGGCCCGGGUAGCCAUCAAGAAGAUCAGCCCUUUUGAGCAUCAGACCUACUGCCAGCGCACGCUGCGAGAGAUCCAGAUCUUGCUGCGCUGCCGCCAUGAGAAUGUCAUUGGCAUCCGCGACAUCCUGCGGGCUCCCGCCCUGGAGGCCAUGCGGGAUGUCUACAUCGUGCAGGACCUGAUGGAAACAGACUUGUAUAAGCUGCUCAAGAGCCAGCAGCUGAGCAACGACCACGUCUGCUACUUCCUGUACCAGAUCCUGCGGGGCCUCAAGUACAUCCACUCGGCCAAUGUGCUCCACCGAGACCUCAAGCCGUCCAACCUGCUCAUCAACACCACCUGCGACCUCAAGAUAUGUGACUUCGGCCUGGCCCGGAUCGCCGAUCCUGAGCACGACCACACAGGCUUCCUGACGGAGUACGUGGCCACCCGCUGGUACCGGGCACCGGAGAUCAUGCUCAACUCGAAGGGCUACACAAAAUCCAUCGACAUUUGGUCUGUGGGUUGCAUCCUAGCUGAGAUGCUCUCCAACCGCCCCAUCUUCCCUGGGAAGCACUACCUGGACCAACUCAACCACAUCCUGGGCAUCUUGGGCUCCCCGUCCCAGGACGACCUGAACUGCAUCAUCAACAUGAAGGCGCGGAACUACCUGCAGUCCUUACCUCUCAAGCCCAAGGUGCCGUGGGCCAAGCUGUUCCCUAAGGCCGACCCCAAAGCUCUGGACCUCCUGGACCGGAUGUUGACCUUUAACCCCAACAAGCGCAUUACAGUGGAGGAGGCCCUGGCCCACCCCUACUUGGAGCAGUACUACGACCCGACGGACGAGCCAGUGGCGGAGGAGCCCUUCACUUUUGACAUGGAGCUGGACGACCUGCCGAAGGAGCGGCUGAAGGAGCUCAUAUUCCAAGAGACGGCACGCUUCCAGCCUGGGCACCCUGGAGCGCCCUGAGACGGAGACUUGCCCUCAGAGGCCUGGGUCUCUAUCCUGCCUGCCCCCUCCCCGCUGGACUGUUUGAAAACUGGACGCCGCUCACGCCCUGGCCUCCCAGCCCAGACAUAAGGGCAACUGGGGGGCCUGGUUUCCCCCACUUGUAAUGUGCUUUGCCCAGAGCCAGACUCGCUUCCCCUCUUCCCUCCAAGGGAAGCCCGAAGCCCCCCGCCCCGCCCCCUCCCCUCCUCCAUCAGGGGGAGCCUGGACCAAACCUCACUCCGACCUAGCAAGUUUUGCCCCCAUGUCCAUCUCUCUUGGGUGACCGUCCCUGCUUCUCCCUCCCCUCCUAGCCUGGGGACCCCCCUGCCCCGGGGCGGGGCCCGAGCUUCCGGGAGGGGCCUAGGAGGGACCCGGAGAGGGUGCCGCCCCCUCACUCUUCGAAUAACCAUCUCCUUUCUGAAGGGCUAAUGCUGCCUCUCUGCCUCGAACCCCGAAAAUCCACCUCGCGCGUGGUGAGCCGGCAGUUGAGGAGGGCCUGGGCCCUUGCCUUGCGUCUGCCUUCCAGCAUGAAACAUUCCUGACUCAAGGGCUAGUUUGGGGUUUGGGUGGGUGAGGGGACGGGGGGUUCUGAGGAGAGGGGCUCGGGCCCCUGGCCCGGGCGCUCCCCGCCGGCCCCCUUUACCUUCCUGUGCCUGCCACGGCUGCCACGAAUACCCCAUCGGCCCGGGGGAGAGCCUCCGCUGCUUGUGUGUGUGGGUCUGUGUGUGUGUGGGGGGGAAGGGAGAGACCACCAGCCAGCUCUCCCCACGGUUAGGGGAUCUGGACUAGAGUCUCCCUGCUCCUGUAUCUAAUAUAUAAAUCUAUAGAUGUGUAUACCGCC